AUGUCCCAAGUCCAAUAUCCUCCAGGCUACGACCUCCACACAGACAGGGGACCCUGCCUCGUUCGCAUAAUGGCGGUCAUGAUUGCCUUGUCAGGUAUCGCACUCGGCCUCCGCUUGCUAGCCCGGCGUCUCGCACGCAUGCCCCUCCUCUGGGACGACUGGCUAAUCCUCCUCGAGACCCCAUUCGCCUGGAUCCCCUCGAUCCAAAUGAUCCAUGCCUCCGCCCAUUACGGUCUUGGUCAACACUUAGCUCUCGUCGCCUCUGGAAAUCCCCAAGGAUUUCAGGACAAAAUCAAGCACUUCUGGCUGAAUCUUUACAUCGCAGAAAUAAUCUACCCCAUCAGCGUCACCCUCAUCAAAGUCUCAAUCCUCUGCUUCCUUUAUCGCAUAUUCCACGUGUCCACCUUCAAGAAAUUCUCCACCGCACUCGGCGUGAUAGUCACAGCAUGGGGCCUCGCAACCGCCUUAACAGCCAUCUUCUCUUGCCACCCCGUCCCCGCCUACUGGUCUCCGCAGGACUAUCCAAACCACCAAUGUAUUAAUACGCUCCAAUACUUCCUGGGCCAAGUGAUACCCAAUCUCCUUCUCGAUGUCCUCAUAAUGCUGCUCCCGCUCCACUGGCUGUUGGGCUUGCGCAUCACCCUUCCCCAGAAAUUGGCACUUUCUGGAGUGUUUGGGGUGGGCGGAUUUGUAACGGUGGUAGGAGCGUUGCGGCUGGCCACGAUUGCCCAGCAUCAGGGCACGGAGGAUUUUACCUACAAUUUUGUGGAUUUGGGUGUUUGGACAGCGUUGGAAACGAAUGUGGGGGUCAUUUGUGCUUGCUUGCCGAGUUUUGGACCUUUAUUUAAGGCGUGCUCCAAACGGGGUCAGAAGAGCUGUGGGAGUGGAAGUCGAGUGAAGCACCAGAGGGGAAGUAGUGCCACCACAAGCAGUCCCAGUCAUAGUGACAUUGGAGAUGAGAAGGCAAGGGAAGGGAAACUGGCGUGGGUGGAAAGGAUAUGGUCACGUCGCCGCAAAGGGGGCGAGGAAAAUCUGGGGCUAUCGCAAGAUGUGGUUGACCUUGAAGGUGGCAACGUAGAGACUGGACCACCAAUGCCGGCGAAGAAUGCAGCGCGAGGGGAGAAGGCGGGCAGCAUUCAAAAGGCGACGGAAAUUACGGUUUGGAAUCGGCCAAUGGAUGAGAUGCACAUCUAUCAAUGCGGGCGAGGGAAGAGUGAGAAACGAGAGAAGGGUUGGCUGCGAAGUUGA